GUCAUGGAGAUGCUGCGCCGCUCCUCCGUGUUCGCCGCCGAGGUGUUCGACCGCUCGCCCUCCGACAAGGUGCUCGUGUCCCAGGCCAAGGCGCUCUGCAGAGACUACAUCCAGGCCAGGCUGAGCCGAGCCGGCUGGCUCACGCACGAGCACGGACUGGCUGCAUCAGGUGGGACCCUCGGAGAGGUCUCUAAAGUCCUCCUGUGGCUCGGCGAUGAGUUGGAGUGCCUUCGACCCACCGUGUACCGUAACGUAGCUCGACAGCUCAACAUCACCAUCGCGUCAGAGAGCGUGUUGUCCGACGCCUUCCUGGCUGUUGCCGCUGACAUCUUCUCCACAGGUGUGACGUGGGGGAAGGUGGUUUCCUUGUUCGUAGUAGCGGGGGCUCUGGCACAGGAAUGUGUGAUCAGCGAUCAUCAAGCAAUGGUCCACACCAUCGUGGACUGCAUGGGGGAGUUCGUCCGCAAGAGUCUGACCUCCUGGUUAAAAAAGAGGGGGGGCUGGGCGGAUCUGACGAAAUGCGUGGUGAACACUGACCCCAGCUUCCACUCCCACAGGGUGGUGUCUGCCGUCUGCGCCCUCGGACUCUACCUGAAGGCUGUGGUGUUGUACCUCCUCAGGGAGAAGUGAAAGAUGGAGUCACGCGCUGGAAUGUGAGAGGACGCCCCAGCACUGACACGUACCACCAGCAUGAUGGCAUCCACUGCGUGGGAAACAUGUUUACACUCGUCUGCACUGAGCCUUGAACACUGAACACACACAUUUCUCAAACAUUAAACUCUGCGCUGCACAAUCUUCUACCUAUUUAUUGUUGAUGCUUAUACUUGGCCACAAUUUUGAUAUAAAAAGACACUAUUAUCCUGUUUUAUUUUUAUUUUUAUUUUUAACUGCUGAAUUGCCAAGAGUGUUACCUGUUUUGGUGACUUGCAGUCCUCCUGGUGACAACCCAUCAGGACUGUUGUACUGAAAAUGUUGGGGUGUUGUGAAAAUGUAAAUAAAACCAGAAUGCAGUGGUUCGCAAAUCCUCCCCAAAAUCACAAUUUAUCAAACAUCGAUCAAACAUGGUCACCGGUCAACCCUUUUUAAGCUCCUUAUGGUGCAUGGAGUUGCACGUUCUCUGUAAUUGUGUGAUAAAUUUGGGGUAUUUCAGUUUUACCAAGUCAAGAGGAAAAGAAUAUAAAAGCCCGACUGGUCCUCGUCAGUACAAGCAUCGUGUAGAGUUUCUAAAGCAUCAGAUCCUUCUUCACUGUUCUCACCGGGUGACUGUGUUAUGUCAAAAUGUUAGUCGUGUGUUUUUGUUGCACUUUGAUACAGUCACGGUUUGUGAGUAGAAUUUAUUCCAUGAAUAAUUUCACUUUCAUAUUGCUUGUCGCACUAAGC